AUGGCCCUCACUCAGGACCUCAAGUCUCCUCAUAUCGAUAUGUCAUCCACAAAGGAACUCGAGGCCACCAUGAGCAAGACAGUUGGCGAGGUCUUGCCAGCUGAUGCUCAAGACUCAAGACUACUCCGAAAGAUUGAUUGGCGAAUUGUUCCCAUCAUGUUUGCCUGUUACUUUCUACAAUUCCUCGACAAAGUCCUCAUCAAUUAUGCCAAUGUCAUGGGUCUUGCCAAAGAUCUAGGAAUGAAGGGAAACGAUUUCUCAUGGAUGGCGACCGCCUUCUUCAUCGGGUUUGCUGUCGCAGAGUUCCCACAAAGCUAUCUGUUGCAAAAGUACCCUCUGGGUAAAGUGCUUGGAUUCAACGUCUUGUUUUGGGGGAUCACGAUCUGCUGCAGUGCAGGAGUGCAAAAUUUCGAGGGGAUGGUAGCCUUGCGGACGCUUCUUGGUUGCUUCGAGGCCUGCAUAUCGCCAGCACUCGUCCUGUCAACAUCACAGUGGUACACCAAACGAGAAGCAGGACCUCGCUACGGUAUCUGGUAUUGUGGUCUGGGUACAGGGCAGAUCAUCGGAGGGCUAGUAUCCUUUGCAGCUCAACACGGUGCCGUUGGUGCGUCAUUUGGAGGAUGGCGCAUUAUGAUGGUUGCCGUCGGUAUCUUCAACAUAUGUGUUGCGACCAUCGUUUUACUUUUCCUCCCUGAUACCGUCGAUUCUGCAAAAUUCCUCUCUUCAGAUGAAAAGGCUUCUAUCCACCGCAAAUUAGCACUCGACCAGGCUGGAAAUGGCACAAAAGUCUUUCGGAGAUCGUCUUUGUGGGAAAUCUUCUUUGAUGCACAAAUCUGGCUUUUGUUCCUCUUGACAGUCUUGAUUGUCAUCCCCAGUGGUGUCAUCACUACAUUCUCAGCCACGCUGAUCAGGGGCUUCGGAUACAAGCCUAAGCAAGCUGCACUCCUCAACAUGCCUUCAGGCAUAGUCAGUAUUGCUAGCACACUGAUCUGCACAUUUGCCAUCCUUCGAGGCUUCCCACGAUGGCUCAGUAUCGUGCUCUUGCUCAUCCCCACUGUCAUCGGCGCCGGUUUGAUGUCAUUCAUCUCUCCAAAGAAUCAACCUGGCAAGCUUGCAGGUAUCUACCUUAUCAAUACAAUCGUCGCCCCUCUGGCCAUAAUCUACACCUGGGUUGGCGCCAAUACAAUGGGGUACACGAAGCGGGUUGCUUCAAAUGCAAUUAUUGCCAUUGGUUUCAGCAUUGCCAAUAUUAUUGGUCCUCAAACAUUCCAAGCCAAAGAUGCACCAGACUACAUUCCGGCCAAAAUCACCAUUUUUGCAGUCGCAGGAGGUGCCAUGAUGGUAUCGGUCCUUUUGAGAAUUUUAUACGGCAUCAGGAAUCGUACGAAUGUAAAGAACCGAAGGGCGCAGUUGGAAGGCUUGUCCUUGGGCGAGGUUCUUACAGUUCCAGACCAAGAUGAGACUGACCGCAAGAAUCCGGCGUUCGUUUAUGUCUACUGA